UUAUUAACAAUAAACCAAGCAAACGUAAUAGCACAUUAUCGUGUAAAUAAUCCAAUAGGAAGUGGAAUCGGAGGGUAGCAAUGGAAGUGAAAUUUUCAGGAACAUUAAUUUUAAACGAUUAUUCCGAAUUAGGAAGGGUUCCUGUAUAAUGGCUUAGAACAAUAUUUGCGACGACUCAUCUGCAACUACCCACUACCACCACCACCCAACUCCACUAUUUAAAAUUUCAAGUUUGAAAAACCUAUUUAUAAAUCAAUUGCUUUCUUUUCUUCCUUCUUAUUCAUUAUCUAUUCAAAUUUUCAAUUAUGGUCGAUUAUAAAACUUGGUUAAAAGACGUCAGUGACGAUACAAAAUUAUCUAAAUUAUCCAUUCCAGGAACCCAUAACGCUGCCGCAUCUCAUACUGCUUUACCAUCCGUUCAAUGUCAAGGUGCCUCCAUCACGAAACAAUUAGAAAAUGGGGUUCGUUUCUUAGAUAUCAGAGCUGGUAGACAAUUGAUAGGUGAUAAGAAAAACGCUUUAUUACAGGUUAUUCAUGGUCAAUUCCCAGUUAGAAUUCCUUUCCCAUUACAAUUGGCUGAUGCAUUGGAUGAAGUUUAUAAAUUUGUGCAAAAUAAUCCAUCUGAAACCGUUAUUGUAUCCUUGAAGCAAGAAGGGUCUAAUGAUUGGGAUAAUCCCAAUGAUGAAUUUCCAAAUUUCAUUUGGGAUCAUUAUGUCAAUCCAAAUAAAGAUAAAUGGUAUUUAGGUACUGAUAUUCCAAGCGUAGGAGAAGCUAGAGGUAAAGUAUGUCUCUUUAGAAGAUUUGGAGUUAAUAAUCAAGAUAGAAGAAAUGAAUUUGGAUUUGAAGCUUCAAGUUGGACGUAUAAUACUACUGAUGAUGAUCGUGGAGCAUUUGUAGUUCAAGAUUUUUGUGAAGUUAAUAAAGAAGAUGAUAUCCCUACCAAGAUCCAAUAUGUUAAGGAUUUAGCUUCAAAAGCUAAAGAUUAUACUUCUGGCAAUGAUAAUAAGUUAUUCGUCAAUUUCACCUCGGCUUCAAAUUUCUUUGAUCAUGCAUGUUGGCCACAACAAAUUUCAAGUGCCAUGAUUAAAGGUAAUAUCGAAGAAACCUUUACUAAAGGGGUUGGUAUUAUUGUUUUGGAUUAUGUUGAAGCUGAUGAUUUCAAAUUAUCUAAGAAAUUGGUUGACACAAACUUCUAAUAAAUAAAUGUUUGUUUUGUUAGUUAACGAUUUGUUUUCUUUUGAUGUCAGUCUGUUUUUGUUAUUUAGCGUAUUUCGAAUUCUAUCAAUUAAAUAUAUAGAAUGAUACUUCAAUCAUAUGAUCAGUAGUAUCGUUCUGUG